AUGGCUGACGAUUCCUUCGAAAUUUUGGAGGUCCACCCUUUCCAUCCUACCGAUCCCCCCUACGGGAUGCGGAAUUACGAUGUCGGGUGCCUAUCGGCCGAGCAGAAGCUCAUUCUGAACAAAGUGAAAAUGAGUCAGCGGAGGCAGAAUGAAAUUUAUUUGAGUGCUCAUCCGGAAAUCAGAGGUCUGAUCUCCAUCUUGUUAAGGUACGUCCUGAGAAAGAAGCCUCGAGAAAAUGUCCACGAAACCGUCGGUGAGUUCUUCAAUAGACCUCGCUUCAAGCUCGCUUCGGAUCUCUUGAAGUAUUUGGAAGCCGCAGGACACUCGAUUCCUCUGACGAACGUUCUACGUAAAGAAUUUUUCAAGGAGGAUUCUUCGAGCAACGAGAUGUCGGACUUUCAAGACUCCGCUCAAACCUCGCAAUCAAACGUUACAUGA